AUGGCAGUACUAAGCAAGCCGACGCGCGAUCCACAGCAAGAUCCACUCCAGCUCCUACCCGAAGAAUGGUUGUCCAAAUUCACGAAACACCUGUCCGCCUUGACCACCAUUCCUGUAUUGGUGUGGCUUUCGAACGGCUACGACAUUGUCACUAGCUACCAAGCAUUCUUUCCCGGCCUGCACUUGCCUGCCGGUAACGGGCCCGUGGCCGCCAACAUCGCCGGACUGGCAUUUAUAACGCGCGUCCUCUUCAAUGAACUUCUGUACGGUUUUCGCGAGGUGUUCUCGCACAUACCGCCCGGCUCGGCCUUCAAGGACCGGGUCGAUGCGCUUGUAGAGCAGGUCAAGUUGGGUGUGGCGGCAGGCAAGUGGGAUGAGAGUUUCCCCGAUGAACACCGCGCGUUCAUGGCAGACUUAGUAUGGCGAGAGGUUCUCAAGGGGCGUCCAUCGCGCGAUUGAAGACGGUAUACCCUGAGUGACGGAGACAUG